CGGGAUUGAUUGUUGUAUUUUUCCCCUUUAUCUCUCCUUCCCUUCCUUCAAUUCAAUGCUUUACCCAACUUCUCACCACUCCCAUUUCUCCCCUCUUAGCUCUCUCUCCCUUCUCCCACCGCCGCCUCCCUCAUCCCUUCAGGCUGUAAUGGAGUGCGUUGAAUUAGGUGCAAUUAAGAGGUUUUUUAGGCCACAGGCGGCCUUGAAAAUGACUCACCAGCAAGGCUAUUUGGAGAAUGAGUUUGCCGCGGCCUGUAACGGUCAGGCCGGCGCCGGCGCCAUUUCCGGCGAUGACUUGUUCGUGGACGAGCUUCUUAACUUGUCUAAUGAGUUUGUUGAGGCGGAGGAGAAGAAGGAGGAGGAGGAGAAAGUGGAUGAGAAACCGGUGGAAAAACGUGAAGAAUGUGUUGAGAAUUUAUCAGUAACGCUUGCCUCUGUUUCGCCGCAAAAAGGAGAGAGAGAAGCGGAGGCCGUUAGUUUUCCGGUGACGGAUGAUUUUGCUUCUGUUCCUGGUAGCGAGCUCAGUGUUCCGACGGAUGAUUUGGAUAACCUGGAAUGGCUAUCUCAUUUUGUUGAAGAGUCAUUUUCCGAUGAGUACUCGCUCACGUGCCCCGCCGGAAAACUGUUGCCGUUACCUUCGGAGAAGAAUAACCACCUCUCCCGGUCUGAAACUCCGGUUCAAGGCAAACCGAGCUUCAUCUCCCCUGUUCAAACCAAAGCUCGGACAAAACGAGCCAGAACCGGCGUCCGAGUUUGGCCGGUCGGAGCACCGCCGUCAUUCACGGAAUCCUCAGCCUCCUCCUCAUCGUCCUCUUCGUCUUCCUCAACCACUACCUUAUCGUCUUCGCCUCCAAACCGGUGGUUUAUGGAUCAGCUCAUAGGCAAGCCGGUGGCGAAGAAGCCGAGCAUGCAUUCGGCUCAGCAGUCGCGCCGCUGCAGCCACUGCGGCGUUCAGAAGACGCCGCAGUGGCGCGCCGGUCCACUCGGCGCCAAGACGCUCUGCAAUGCCUGCGGCGUACGGUUCAAGUCGGGUCGGCUCUUACCCGAGUACCGACCGGCUUGCAGCCCCACCUUCUCGCGCGAGCUGCACUCUAACAACCACCGGAAAGUUCUGGAGAUGCGGCGGAAGAAGGAGGCGGAAACCGGACCCGGUUUGGGUUCUCCGGUUCAGAGUUUUUGAAGGUUUAUCAAUUAGGAUUAGAGCUUAGAAGAGUAAACCGAAAGUUAGUAUAUUAUUAUUCAUUUGAAGUAGGGUUAGUUCGAGUUAUGGUUAGGCCCGGUUCAGUGUACAUUUUCUGAAGUGGACCCGGUUAGGUGCGGUAGGUUUUGAAGGUUAGUGUAACGGAUGUGGAAGGACUUCAUUGUACUUUCAGUUUAAAAAGAAUUUAUUUCUUCACAUUUAUAUACAUUAUUAUUAUGACGCUGUAGAAA